UCUCUCUCCAAAAAAAAAAAAAAAAAAACCAACCCAAUUCACCUUAAAGGAAGGCAUCUCAUUGUUCUCUCUGUGUCUUCUCACUCACUCACUCAACUCAACUCUCUCUCUCUCUCUCUAAAACAUACUUGAAACAAUGGAAAACAUUGGUGAUGAAUACAAUAACUAUUGGGAGACCAACAUGUUCCUCCAAACUGAAGAACUUGACAGUAGUUGGGGAUUGGAGGAAGCAGCGUUGUCGAGCUACUACGAUUCAAGUUCGCCGGAGGGAUCACAGUCGUCGUUGGCGGCAUCGAAGAAUAUAGUGUCCGAGAGAAACAGGAGGAAGAAGCUCAAUGAUAGACUCUUUGCACUCAGGGCUGUGGUCCCCAAAAUUAGCAAGAUGGACAAGGCAUCCAUAAUCAAAGACGCAAUUGACUACAUCCAAGAAUUGCAUGAGCAAGAGAGGAGGAUCCAAGCUGAUUUAAUACAGCUUGAAUCUGGAAAAUUGAAGAAAAAUGCAGUUUUUGACUUGGAUCAACAGAUUCCAACCUUGUCAAGACUCAAGAAAAAGAGAAUUGAUCAUAGUUAUGAUUCAAGGAGAUCAACCACAUCUACCAUUGAAGAUCUUGAAUUGAGUGUGUCAUACAUUGGGGAGAAGACAGUGGUAGUGAGCUUGACAUGCUCCAAAAGGACAGAAACAAUGGUAAAGCUUUGUGAAGUGUUUGAAACUUUGAAGCUCAAAAUUAUUGCUGCCAACAUCACUUGUUUCUCUGGCAGAGUUUUGAAAACUGUCUUUGUCCAGGCUGAUGAGGAAGAGAAAGAUAAUUUGAAGAGAGCAAUUGAAAGUGCCAUAGCAACUCUUAAUGAUCCAGAAAGCCCCCUGAGUUUCUAAUGGCAUAAAUAAGAGAGUUGCAUCCAAUGGUGAAUCCUAUGAUCCUCGAUGAGCAGAUUGUUUUUUUAUAGUUUGCUAGGGUUUUUAUUCUCUAAUUUUUGUUGAAAUGGCAAUAGCUUCUCUCAUUAGAAAAUUCCAAUAAACGAAAUGUUUUCCUUUUCUUU